AUGGACCAGAGUUUGGACUCUUUUUUCGAGCGACAGCGCCAGGAGCGCGCAAAUGAAAUCCGUCUCCUGAAUCAAACGAGCUUGACUGUUCAAAUGGGAUGUGAAAACAAUUCACUCACGCAAAUGCUCAGCGAUCGAAUUGAGAUUACUAAAAUUGACUGCAGCAAUACACCUUCAGCUUCUGUAAAUACUUCGAAUACGAGCAGUUCAGGAAACCAGAACCAAAACUUCGAUUUGUUUCUGAACCAAUUUUUUGAGUCUCAACGAGCUCAGAGAAUCAGCGAAGUCAAACGACUCGCUACGCAGAUGCCUUCUGGAUAUGACCGGCGAUUCGUGCUAAACGAGAUGCUCCAACGAAGUCAGGCGAGACGAGGGGUUGAAAAUGAGACUACAAUAUCGGAGCUAGAAUCAGUCAUGAAUGCGCAGAGGGUUAGAACAUUGCUGUCGAACACUUUCCGAACACGUCUGGAAAACGCGCUCCGAAGUCCGCCUGAGAGUGUACAAAAUCAACAGAACAACCGAUCUAGUCGAAGGGGCCACAGGAACACUCGACGAAGCGAGGAACCUAGGCGAAAUCGUGUACCAUCGGCACCUGAUCGCCAAGUCCGUCCUGUGAUUCCUACUCCUCCCGCGCCACCGGUAUCCGAAGCACCUCAACUUGUCGGCUGGCAGUCUGUUCAAGCGCACGUGAACGACGAUAGAGUGGUGAGAAAUGAAAGAUUCGACGUAUUUGCUGAGAUAAGUAGUCUUAUUAGUGAACAUAUUGUAACCCAGACUUUGAAUAGUACAAUUUCUGAUCUACUUGAAAGUCACUUCCAACAUCGAAUUGAAUCGGCACCUUCUGUUUUCACAUGGGAAUCGAGAAAAGAAUCGAUGCGAACCCUGAACAACUUGCCUCGACAUCAAAGAGCUCGAAACGACUUCUCUGAUAUUGGUAUUGUGGAUGUUCCAACAACUAAUGGAAGACGUUUCGCAGCUGCCGUGCCUCCACCACCUGCAUACCGACGUCCCGCUGCUCGGCGUGGUGCACCCGGACAAACUUCCGAAAGUGACGAGAGAAUUGAGCGACUUGAGUCUAUGAUGGAAUCGAUGCAGAAUCUCCUCACGAGACAAACGAGCUCACAAGCUCAGCUUGAGAGCGCAAUUCAGCAAGUGAUUCUGAAUCAGACUUUGCUGUCAACAAAUGCGACUGGAAUUUCCGUUUCGGUUCAACCGGAAUCUGCUGGAAAAUGUGUUGUAUGCCUGGAAGAGUCAAGACCGGUCGACAAUGCGUUUUACAGAUGUGGUCAUGUGAUUGCCUGCACACCUUGUGCAGCUGUUCUUUUGGCUGUCAAUCCUUACUGCCCUCUUUGUAGACAGAAAAUCGAUGACGUCAUCAAGUUGUACAAAUUGACUUAA